AUGUUCUGGAAAAAAAUACAAAAGUUUUUAUUAAUAUUAUUAAUCAUAAAUUUAUUGAUCUCUCAAACAUAUGCUGCAAGAUGUGGAAUAUAUGGAAACCGUGGUCAUAAUAGAAGAACAUGUCCAACACAUAUGAUUCAUUAUGGAUCUAUUCCAUAUGAUAGAAAUUAUGCUAUGGUUCCAUAUAAUCAAAAUCGUGCUCUUGUACCAUAUAGAAAUCCUAUUUCUUUUCCUCAAAAAUCUAUGUUUUUUUCCAAUAAAGAUAAUAUAAUGAAUAAUUGGAAAGUUCCAUGGGCAACAAAUGUAGUAAUCAAAACACAUCCUUAUCAUGGAAGAACUUGUACUCGAUGUGGUGCUAUGGGUCAUGGAAAAGGAAAAUGUCCCAUUCCUGAUGCUAAUGUAAAUGCUUAA